GUCAGAACGGAUUUAGAUUGAAGCGAACGUCCAAAGCGCGCAGAUAUACAACGGAAGCACAACCAAGCAAGUGACAAAAUUCGAUUAUUGCGGUUCCAAAAACAAUUAGACGAAAGAUCAGUGACAAGUGCAACAGACAGACGAAGCGACAUGGCGGCCAAAACAAUGCCUCUGCUCCGUCCCCACACCGUACUGGGCCUCGGCCUGGUCCUGCUCCUCAUGUGGGAGCCAGCCCCCAGCACGGGCUAUGCCAUCGGGCAGUCGAAGUUCGGAAAGAUCGAAAAGUUCCCCUACCAAGUGAUGCUGAUAGGAAAGCAGCUGUGGCGCAAGCGCAUCCUGUGCGGCGGCACAUUGCUGGACAGGCGCUGGAUACUCACUGCCGGCCACUGCACCAUGGGAGUGACCCACUACGACGUGUACCUGGGCACAAAGAGCGUCGAGGACACGGAACAGUUGGGAGGACUGGUGAUCCGUUCAAACAAGUUCAUUGUCCACGAGCAAUUCAAUCCGGAGACGGCUGCAAAUGACAUCGCCCUGGUCAAGCUGCCAAUGGAUGUGGCCUUCACCUCGCGCAUCCAGGCAGCCUCGUUGCCCAGCAGACAGCGGCACGACCAGUACACGGGCAUGAGCGUGGUGGCCAGCGGAUGGGGCGCCAUGGUGGAGAUGUCCAACUCGGACUCAAUGCAGUACACCGAGCUCAAAGUGAUCUCGAACGAGGAGUGCGCACAGGAAUACGAUGUGGUUACGUCUGGUGUGAUGUGCGCCAAGGGCCUGAAAGACGAGACAGUGUGCACGGGCGACUCCGGCGGCCCUCUGGUGCUCAAGAACACCCAGGUCGUCGUGGGCAUCACCAGCUUUGGGCCAGCCGAUGGCUGCGAGACCAACAUUCCCGGAGGCUUCACCAGAGUCACACACUAUUUGGACUGGAUUGAGAGCAAAACUGGAGGUCUAUCACCCCAUGCACCACAGCGGGUCCACUCGACUCAGCACCACGUCCGGCCACAACAGCCGCACCAGCAACAGCAUCAGCAACAGCACCACCAACAUCUGUAUAGUGAUGACAAUCUCAUUUAGGAUCAGUACGUCUAGCCGUGCCUCCUUCGACUGAAUCUUUAUAGCUUUAUUUGAAAAAAUUCUCUAAUCGUGUGAUAUAUGUCUAAAUACUCGUUCAAUUGGCUAAUGUCUCCAUCAAAAUUUGUACAUUGUUCUUAGUUUUAACUAUUUAAACAUCUAUAUUUAUUUUUUUUUUAGUUUUAAGUGGCUGAAGUGACAGCUCCAAAUGAAAAACAAAACCCCA